GCUGCAGCGGUGGCAGCGGCUGCUGAUGCCUCGCCAGUGCCCCCACCGCCUCCCUCUGUGUCUGGCCUGUCGCAUGAAGGCGUCUAUUUCAUCCCCGAACCCCUACCACCAGAGGAAUCUUAUGAGGCGUGCACCAAAGAAACCAUUCCCGGCGCUUCAUGCCUUACAACAGACUCUCAGAGCUGGGAACAGCCUUCCUCCUAUACUGCUAGCAUCUUCUUCACUGCGGACAAGGGGCCGCACCAAGGAGCCCCCGAUAGCCACGGCAAAGCGUCAGAGGGAGCACUAGCGGACGCUCAUGGGGAGGAGCAGACGGGGGCACUAGCAGGCCAGACCACGGACGCUCCCCCCCAAGCAGCCGAAAGCCUAGUGGGGACGUGUGAGGCUCCUGGCUCACUCGAGCGGCAUGUAGAGGCCGUCUUUGGUGCGACGCUAAAAGAAACUCGGGAGAUUCGUGAGUCUGCAGGAACGCGCCAGCGGAGGGAAACAGUUGCCGUGGGUGCGGUUCUCGAGAGCCCCUGCCGACGCGGACGAGCACCAACCUACGAGGAGCGGCGGCAGCAUUUUCUUGCAGAGUAUGGGGAGCUCUAUUCGUUAGCAGCGGAGGCCACGGCGGAGAGGGAAUUGAAGAGGCUGCGAGGAGAUAUUUACGUCGACUACGCAGGCAGUGCACCUUACCAGGAGCAGCAGAUCCUGUCCUUCUUCAAAGACCUUUCGUUGCACGUCUUCGGCAACGCCCACUCCCGCAACCCCUCAGCUAAGCUCACGGAUCAAAGGAUGCGCGAGGCAAGGGAUCUCACACUCAAAUUUUUCGGAGCUGCCGAAAAGGAGUUCGCCGUAGUUUUCACGUCCGGUGCUACUGCAGCCAUUAAACUGGUGGGAGAAGACUUUCCUUUUACCGCCGAAUCCAGCUUCUUCUACCUCCGCAUCAAUCAUAACUCCGUCCUCGGUGUCAGAGAAUUUGCGUACGCUGCUGGAGUUAAGUCUGUAAAGGCCCUUUCCGAGCGGGAGGUAGAGGCGAUCCUUAAGGACCGCGAAGCCGCCGGCCUUGUGAUCGACUGGAGCGCCGGGACGGUGUUGCCCUAUUGCCUCUUUGGCUUCCCCCUUAAAGACAACUUCAAUGGAACUUCCUAUCCCACAUCAUGGAUCGAAAAAAUUCACAAGUAUGGUCUUUCUGACGAGUGCCGAUGGCUUGUACUCCUUGACGCGGCGGCCGCCGCACCGACUUCCCCCAUCCGUCUCUCUGGGACUACGCCUGAACGGUCCGCGGACUUCUUGGCGAUUUCCUUCUACAAAAUUUUUGGCCAUCCUACCGGUCUAGGAGCCCUAGUUCUCAAACGCAGCACUGCCGAUGUGCUCAAGAAGGUAUAUUGGGGAGGCGGCAGCGUCUCGGGUUCCCUUUGUGAUUCAAGGUGGCAGAAGUUGAAAAAAGAAGUGUCAUCGCGCCUAGAAGACGGCACGGUCAACUUUCUUUCGAUUGCAGCCAUAACAUACGGCUUUUCAGCCAUACAGGCCAUAGGAAUGGAGCAAAUUGAACGGCAUAUAGGUGCCCUUACCCGCCACCUUUUCCGUUCUCUCAAGGCCUUCCGCCACCGUAAUGGAGCUCCCUUCGCCUUGCUAUAUUGGGGGCGCAGAGAGGACCCCUCAGGCGGGAUAGUUAACUUCAACUUACUCAGGCCUGAUGGCUCAUUUGUUCCAUUCAGCGAGGUGGAGGCCAAAACUGCUGCCGCAGGUAUUCAUCUACGCACAGGAUGCUUCUGCAACCCCGGAGGCUGCCAGGACUACCUUGGGCUGACUGGCGCUGAGAUUGUAGAUGCAGCCCGUGCAAGAGAAAGCUGUUCUGAUCCCACCGGUGCCUUGUUAAGUCGUCCAACUCCGCAGCUUGUAGGGCUCGCAUUUGGACCGCGCUCGUAUGCUAAGGCUGUCGGAUCCGUACGUAUAUCACUUGGGUAUCUGACGACAUUUGCUGAUGUGGAUGGCCUGCUAGAUUUCCUUGUGCGUACUUUCCUAUGGCAUUGA